UUCAAAGCUGAACUUGUUGGUUCAGGAGAAACACGCCAAUGGAUUUCUAGAGGCUGUCUGGGAAGAGAACUCAGCUUAUGCUAACUGUAUGCCCACACAACGCAGCAUGAGAUGUCCAAGCUGGUACUUCGUCACCUUGAUCAUUACUUUAAUUGUCAGCUUGGCACUUGUUUCUUUUGUAAUAAUCUUAAUUGUUCACACUGGAGACAAGAUAGAUGAAGUGUCAAGAAAAAUUGUGAUAGAAAGGAAGAGCAUUGAAGAUCUUAAGACAUUUAAUGACAUGAUUUUACAGUACCUCAACCAGUCUGAACUGAUGGAGAACAUAGGAAACCUUAGCACAGUGCAAACCAGAAAACCAAGUCCUGAUUUUCCAGGCUAUUGAUGGAAACAUGUUCAGCUGAAAGACUCAGAAUAAUGGACCAUUCUGGGCUUAAGAUGUAUUCUGAGGUGGUUCCUCUACUUUCCAAUAUUUUCUUUGCAGCCAUUUUUAAUUCACAAUCCUUGAGGCUCCAUGAUUUUUAAAGCAUGUUUAAUUUCUACAACAAUAAGCUUUUCUGGCAUCUUAUACAAUGAGUUUUUGCUAAUUCUGCAGCUAUUGAUAAGUGGGAAUUAGAUGGGCAUGAACCGCACUUUGUUGAUUUGGCCCGAUUUGGUGCGGUGUCCACACAGGGCAUUGCGUGAUUCCCUUCCCUGCCUCAUUUGCCUCCUCACAGGCAGCAGCACUCUUCCCUCUCCCAUCUCCUCUGGUGGCCAGCCUCUCAAUGGCAGUGGUGCACAAUUCCCUCCUCUGACAACUGCCCACUAGUGGAUCAUGAGAACAUUGCAAAGGAUUAUUUCACAGAAUUGUAGAUUUGGUUAAUAUCCCAAAGAUCAUUUAGCCCAGCCAUUCUCACCCUUUUUUGGCCACAGACAUAAGCACAAUGUAAAAGAAAUAUAAACCAAAUCAAAAUUGUAUAGGUCACAUAAUGAAUUGCAUAAAGUAGUGUGUGAAGAAUUGUUCCCAGUCUUUGUCCCCCUGCAUAUGUGUCAAGACCCCCCAGGGGGCUAUCUGACCCCCGCUGAGAAUGGCUGAUCUCGCCUAACCCACCACUGAUACAGGAAAUGCAAAGCCAGCGUAUGUCUGUCAGAUGGGCAUCCAAUCUUGUUGUGAUUGUUGUCAAACAACCAGUGGAAUAAGAUGAAACUGGACUUCUGUCAGAGAUAAUGUCAGUUGGGUGUCAAACAUGAACAAUAUCCACUGAGAAAUGUGAUAAUGGAAAUAACAUCAAACAAUACUAAUUUUUUAUCAGUUGUGACUACAGUGGGGUCUCGAUUUACGAAUGGCUCGACAUACGAACGUUUCGACUUACG